AUGAUUCAGGCGACCGAAUCUGCUCGGCCUGCUUGGCAGAUCAACCGCCUGGCGCUCACAAAUGGCAUGCAAUUAGGCUUCAAAACGCUCGGCUUGUGGACGCCAAACAAUAAAGCCAGCAUGAAAGACAACGAAAAACAAAACUUCAUUGAAAAUUUACAGCCAUCAAUUCCUCUGAAUUUUGGAGGGAAAACCAUUAUUCUCUCUGGAGGGAAGCUCACCCAACCUUUUGUCGAGAAGACACAGGUAAUGAGUUGCUACUACGACACAAAGAACGCUACGCGAUGUACGGGCUACGUCGGGGAGCUCGUGAACAUCAUCGCUGCAUCUCUGAACACGAGCCUCGCUAACAUCAAGGGGGGAGACUGUGGGGCCGCGUCUUCAAAUAAGAGUCGUCUUAACGAUGUUCAACGCGGGGCGGCAGACCUGGCGGUGGGAACGUGCGUACUAACGCAGGAGCGAGCUCAGAUUGCCCACAGCUUCGAGUGGUUUGAGCUGCAGGGAACUUUUAUCAGCACCGCGGCCCUCAAGACUCUCCAGCAGCCUUUCCUUAUCGCCGACAUUUUUAAGGCGGAGGUUUGGUUGCUUGUGCUGGCAGUUACAGCAGCAGCCACUAUUGCGUUCCUGUUCAUCCAGACAAUAAUGGAUGAGCCAAGAGAUAUCGUUGAAAUCCCCUUGCGUGCCAUUCUCUCUCAAGGGUACAGUCCUCGGACUGGAUAUUUUGCAACACGCUUGCUCGAACUGGUGACUUGGGCUUUCACCAUUCCCUUGGUGGCUCUCUACGCGGGCAACCUCACUGCUAGUCUCUCUAGUCCGAGGUUUGAGGCUCCAGUCAACUCCUGGUCUGAUCUGGCCGCGCGUCCUGACAAAAUCCCGGUAUUCUUCCCCAACGAUCCUAUUCAUCAGCUGCUCGUGGUUUGGUCUCCUAGGCACUGCGACGUAGCCGGGGCACCAGACAACGUAGACGUGACGUAA